UCACGAAUGAUAUGAUAACGAGCAAUGCAAAUCAAAAGCAAAUAAAAAAUAUCCAUUUUACAUCCACUUUAUUGGUAAUUGUCUGUGAUUGUGCGUGGGUGUGGGGUUUGAAGGUGUGUGUACUUUGUGCGUGUAUUUUUGUAUGGUUUGACAGGAAGGGGACAUGGUCCGGUGGUCCGGAAAUCCAAUAAACACUGUAUUAUGAAUCACGCACGUAGUUGAGCCAUUUAGAAGUAUACUUACUGUGACUGCAUCAGAACUUCCCCAUUACAGUCUAAAGCGGAAUUGUGCUGUCGUAUGUCAGAAUACAUCAGAAACAUGGCAUUCUAUAAGCAGCAAGAUAUAUCUGAGCAACUGGUCCAGCUUUCAAGUGCUAACACCAGAUUCGCCCUAGAUCUUUAUCAAACAUUUCAAGAUGAACGGAGAGGUACAAAUCUGUUUUUCUCCCCUCUCAGCAUAUCGACCGCUCUAGCUAUGACACAGCUAGGAGCAUGUGGUGAUACAGCGACUCAAAUAGCUGAUGUCUUCCGUUUCAAUCAGGUUGACCAAGACCAACUUCACGGAACAUUCAAAGAGCUGAACAACUUGCUUUACCAAACAAAUUCCGGUUACAAACUUCAUGCUGCCAACAGGCUCUAUGGAAAAUCUGGCUACAACUUCGUUCAGUCAUUUCUUGAAGGAACUGCUUCUUAUUAUGGAGCAGCCAUAGAGGCAGUGGAUAACUUUGCAGCUCCAACUGCCACUCACUCAAUCAAUGAUUGGGUCUCAAAGCAGACCGAAGAUAAAAUCACAAACCUGAUCCCUCCUGGAAUCCUAAAUGAUCUCACACGCCUUGUCCUGGUGAAUGCCAUCUAUUUCAAGGGGAACUGGGAAUCAAAAUUUCGUGCCGAAAAUACUACACAAGAAACAUUCAAGGUUUUAGAUGAGAGAAAGAAGGUUCCGGUGAGUCUUAUGAUCCAAAAGGGUAAAUUUGCUUUGGCUGUUGACAAAACCAAUGACUGUCUUGUGCUAGAGAUGCCAUAUCAAGGCCGCAAUCUGAGUCUUUUGAUUGCUCUUCCUGUCAAAGAUGAUGGCCUUGGUAACCUUCAGACGAAGCUCUCUGCAGACAUCCUUCGAUCCUGGGACGCAGGGCUCAAAUCAAGACAAGUGAACGUACUAUUACCAAAGUUCAAAUUAGAAGCAGAAUUCCAAUUGAAGGAGGUUUUGAAACGAAUGGGAAUGCCCGACGCUUUUAAUGAUGGCAAGGCUAACUUCGAAGGCAUCUCAGGUGAUAGAGAGUUGUACAUCUCUGCCGUCAUCCACAAGGCCUUUGUUGAUAUCAAUGAGGAAGGGAGUGAGGCAGCUGCUGCAACGGCUGUUGCAGUGAAGUUGGGAUGCGCUCGACCAAGAGAACCUGAGAAGCCGACUCUGUUUCGAGCAGACCACCCAUUUAUCUUCAUGAUUCGUCACCGGCCGACGAAAUCGGUCCUUUUCAUGGGACGAAUGAUGGAUCCCUCCUAGAUUUGGACCGCCAUGUCCACGCUUUAACAAAAAUUACAUUUUCUCUUUCGGCAGUUGAAUCAAAAUGUGUUUGGAAUAACCUAUGUAAGCUUGAUAAUCAGUUCAUGACACAAUAUAAAUGUUUCUUGCGUUUUGAUACCCACUGUCUUGUUUUCUUCAGGCGAGGCUCAAGUUAUCGUUGAUGGGUAGAGAUCACUACAAUCGUAUGCUAAUUGUCACUGCCUGGUUAUACUGGUAUAAAUUACUGCUAUACAACACACUUAACGUAGAACCCAGAAUUUAAAUUAUUCAACAGUAUUGAUGCAAAUGCGUAGGAUUAAAAAAACAUGGGAGUGAUUGAAAAAACAAAACAAAACAAUGUCUGAAAUUUAAAAACUAUGUGGUUACAUUGCAGGUGCAGAGCAAACUAAUUAAUCAUUGACUUCUAUACUUACAGUGUAGUGUGAUAUUUCCUAUUAUUGUGGGUAAUAGAUUACUAAUAUAUGGUACUCCAUUUAUUUCAAAUUAGCCAGCUCAUGGAACUUUAAUUUAAAGAAUGGGUGAUAA